AUCUCUAACACUAUUAGUUUUCAAGUUGAAAAGUGACAAGGACGGACGUUUUUGCGCUUUAUAUAUAUAAGAUGGUUUAUUUAGGAGAAUACAGAAACGAACUGGAAAGAAUCCGUCAGUAUGCACGCAAAAAUGGUAUCUCUGAAACAGACAUCGAUCAAGCUUUACAAAAGUCAUUUUGUAUUCUUGAAAAAAGGAAUAAAAAAUGUGCUGUUCCUUUUUGUAUAAAAAUUAUAGUUGUAGUUUUGUUUAUUACACUUGUAUGCUUUGUAAUUUUUGACCAAAGAUUUUUAGCUGUUAUGUUACUAAGGAAUUUACAGAAUUCCAUUUAUCCAGGUUUAAAAUUACUUCGAAAAACAGCUGUACCAGUGAUUAAACAAUAUCCUUCUUUAUCUGAAUUUUAUGAAGAAUGGUGCAUAUUAGAAAAUCCUUACUUUUAUAUACAAGAUAUGGAUUGUUGGCCAUGUAGCGUUGUACAUUUUGUGCCUGAUUUAACUGGUUAUCAAAUAUCUAGAUCAUUCAACCCUGGAAUUCCAUAUAUAAAAACACAGAACUUUUCAGAAGUUCAUAUGAAGAAUGUACAACAAUUGUUUUGGAAAAAUUCAGUAACAUUUGAGAAAGAUGCUGCAAAAGUAUUUUCUAACAAUUUAACUUUUAGAAAUGUUAGAGAUAUCAUGGAAAGUAACAUGCAUUUAAAUCCUACAGAAAAUCUAAAUAAUCAUGUUGCAUGGAGAAUAAAUCGGAUAACUCCAGCACGAAUUUUAAGGAAACUAUUUCCAAAACCUAUGGAUACACCAAAUUGGUGGGAACAGAGCAUAGAGAGAUUUAUUUUUUUCGACGAAUCGAAAUCACCGCCUUAUUCUUUACCAAAUCCCGAAUGCAGUAAUGUAGCGAUUACAUGCGCAACAGGUGCAAGGCUGAUAAGACUGAUAGCAAGUUCAGAAUGUACUAGUUCUUGUAAAUCAUUUACAGUGUUAUUAUCUACUGGAAAAACUUUGUGGUACAAUUGGUGGUACUGGCGACCAAUUAGUCUUCCAACUCUGAACUCAACAAAUAUUUCCAUUAGCUAUUUGACCUCCUUCUGCUAAAUUACAUUUUUAUAUUGUUCAAAUUAUUUAUACAUAAUUAUACUAUAACAUGUUUCUACAGCAAUACAGUUAUUUUCAUUGCAAACAAUUUUGUGCACAUUUUGUGUAUAGAAAAGAAAAUACAAAUACAUUAGUGAAAUACA